AUGGGUCCUUUUAUAACAGAUGUUCCAAAGUCUGUCCUUCAAGAUGUUAUAAUAAAGCUGCCAACAAAGAGCAUUAUCAUGUGCAAAAGCGUCUGCAAGACUUGGUGUUCUCUAAUUUCGGACCCUGCAUUUGCUAGGCUGCAUUUCGCACAAGCAGAGGCCUAUCCUAUGGUCCGGCCCGUGGAUCGAACAAGUGUGUCAAGAAACCUUUACUUGGUUGAGCCUGAAGAUAGCUCUGGUUUUGAUUUGAAGGACCAUGAUUGUAACCGGUCCCGUGUCCACAUGAAUCUUUCCAAAUAUAAAUUCCCAUUGUGUCAUGCUGAGGAGUUACUCAAUCACCAUAGGAAUGGCAAUGUGAUGCCUAGUCAUGAAACUGAAAGAGAGGUUCACAUGAAGAUAACGAAAAUUGAUGACAACAACAACGAGGUGGAUUGGGGUGAAGGUAUCGCUUUCAUGAUGCAAUAUGAUCACACACAACUACAACUUGGUAAAUUCUUGUAA